AUGGGGGUACCUUUAUUUGGUGAUAGUAAGCCCUUCUAUUUCCGGAUCUGGAAUGGACUAAGUCAGAGGCUGCAAGGCAAAAAAUCCUGGGAUAAACAUCUGGAUGAAAUCUACUUACUCCAGCAGAAAAGGAUCUGUGAGUCCCCACUCCUCCAGGCUGCCAAGGAGAACAACCUCCCAGCCAUUAGGAAACUUCUCACUGAUGGAACAUGUGAUAUCUACCAGAGAGGUGCAACAGGGGAGACUGCCCUUCAUGUAGCUGCCUUGUAUAAUAGCGUGGAGGCUGCUGUGGCUCUGAUGGAAGCAGCUCCAGAGCUUGUCAAUGAGAAGAUGACAUCAGAGCUCUAUGAAGGGCAGACAGCUCUCCACAUUGCAGCAGUGAACCAGAACAUCACUUUGGUGAAAGCUUUACUCAAGAAAGGGGCCAAUAUCUGCACAGCCCAGGCCACUGGGCACUUCUUCAGACGCAGCUCCCAGAACCUUCUCUAUUUUGGAGAGCAUGUUUUGUCAUUUGCUGCCUGUGUGGGAAAUGAGGAGAUUGUGCAGUUACUCAUUGAAAAUGGAGCUGACAUUAGAGCUCAGGAUUACCUGGGUAACACUGUUCUUCACGUCUUGGUUCUCCAGCCUAAUAAGACAUUUGCCUGCCACAUGUACAGCCUGAUACUUUCCUAUGACAGGAACAAAGAAGGACCAGGAUCACUUGAAUUGAUUCCUAACAAUGAGGGGCUUACUCCAUUCAAACUGGCUGGAGUUGAGGGCAACACUGUGAUGUUUCAAUACCUCAUGCAGAAGCGGAAGCACAAUCUCUGGUCCUUUGGACCCUUGACCACUGUGCUAUAUGAUCUCACAGAGAUUGACUCCUGGGCUGAAGAUCAGUCCUUUCUUGAGCUCAUUGUCUCAACCAAGAAGAGAGAGGCACGCCAGAUCUUAGACCUAACACCUGUGAAGGAGCUGGUGAGCCUGAAGUGGAAUAUGUAUGGACGGCCCUAUUUCUGUUUCCUGGCUUUAUUCUAUGUACUCUACAUGGUCUGCUUCACUAUGUGCUGUGUCUACCGGCCAUUGAAAGUCCGAACAGGCAACAAAACAAGCAGUAGAGACAAUACAAUCUAUGUCCAGAAAAUGCUGCAGGAAUCAUAUAUAACAUAUGAGGAUGAGUUGAGGUUGGUGGGGGAGCUGAUCACAGUCAUUGGAGCUGUAGUAAUUUUGAUCCUUGAGAUCCCAGAUAUCCUUAGAGUUGGAGCAGCGAAAUACUUUGGACAAACCAUCCUAGGAGGGCCUUUCCACAUAAUUGUUAUCACAUAUGCUUGUAUGAUUCUGGUAACCAUGGUAAUGCGUCUCACCAGCACUACUGGUGAGGUGGUGCCCAUGUCCUUUGCCCUGGUACUAGGAUGGUGCAAUGUCAUGUACUUCGCACGAGGCUUCCAGAUGCUUGGACCCUUUACCAUCAUGAUCCAGAAGAUGAUAUUUGGAGAUCUUAUGCGCUUUUGUUGGCUCAUGGCUGUGGUGAUACUAGGCUUUGCAUCAGCUUUUUACAUCAUCUUCCAGACAGAGAACCCUGAAAACCUUGGGCAAUUCUACAACUAUCCCAUGUCCUUGUUCACCACCUUUGAGCUGUUUCUCACUAUAAUUGAUGGUCCUGCAAACUAUGAUGUGGACCUGCCUUUUAUGUACAGUGUGGUAUAUUUUUCCUUUGCCGUCAUUGCCACCCUCCUUAUGCUCAACUUGCUAAUUGCCAUGAUGGGUGACACCCACUGGCGAGUGGCCCAUGAGCGGGAUGAACUCUGGAGAGCCCAGGUUGUCGCUACUACUGUCAUGCUGGAACGGAAAUUGCCACGGUGUCUCUGGCCUCGCUCCGGGAUCUGCGGCCGGGAGUAUGGGCUAGGGGACCGAUGGUAUCUCAGAGUAGAAGACAGGGUUGAUCCCAACAAACACAAGAUGAUGCGGUACACAGAAGCAUUUAAGGCUCAUGAUAGGGAUAACUGUGACAAAGGUCUGGAAAAACUGGAAAUCGAUAGGAACAUCUUGUAUAAGAAGGAACUGUCUGCUCUGUCAUUGUCACGGAGCACAUCAAGGAUGAAUUCUCACAGUGGCUGGGAAAUACUGAGGCGCAACACCUUCCACUCAAUUCAUGGGGAGGUCAAUCAAGCCAUGGAGGAAGAGGUAUAUGAUGUCUAA